GGUGGGAGGAGCCGCGCUGACUGAGGAGCGGACGGGGCCGGUUUGUGGCCUCGAUAAAUUGAGCAGACGGUGGCUGCGCUCCAGCAGUUGGAGGAAACUGCGGAGGAGCCAAGUUCGCUCCGAGUCCCCGGGGUAAUGGAGCCGAGCUUGGCCUGUAAACGUGCCCUGGUGACGGGCGCCGGCAAAGGUAUUGGUAGAGCCACAGCUAAGGCCCUACUAGCAUGUGGUGUGGAAGUUAUUGCAGUAACCAGGACACAAUCUGAUUUGGACAGCCUUGUUCAGGAGUGCCCCAAAAUGCUGACAAUCUGCGUGGACAUAAGUAACUGGGAAGCCACAGAAAAUGCACUGAAAGAUGUAGGUCCUAUAGAUCUCUUGGUGAACAAUGCUGCUGUUAGCAUUUUAGAACCAUUCCUCGAAGUUACCCAGGAAGCAUUUGAUAAAUUGUUUAAUGUUAAUGUGAAAGCUGUGUUGCAUGUUUCACAGAUAAUUGCAAAAGGGAUGAAAUGCCGCGGGGAAGGUGGUGCCAUAGUGAACGUCUCCAGCCAGGCAUCCCAAUGUGCACUGAAAGAUCAUGCUGUAUACUGUGCCACGAAAGGAGCUGUGGACAUGCUAACAAAGGUGAUGGCACUUGAACUGGGACCACACAAGAUAAGAGUGAAUACAGUGAACCCCACAGUGGUGAUGACUGCAUUGGGCCGGAUUGCAUGGAGUGAUCCAGUAAAAUCAGCAGGAAUGUUGUCUCGCAUCCCAAUGGGCAAGUUUGCAGAAGUUGAAGAUGUGGUGAAUGCAAUAAUCUUCCUCCUCAGUGACAAAAGCGCAAUGAUAAAUGGAGUGACUCUGCCUGUGGAUGGCGGAUUUCUUGCUUCGUAAAACACUUUGUGGGUAAAUUAGGGGACCGUAAAAGGGAAAUUCUGUUUAAGCCAGUUGUAAUUGGUUUUAACAUUGCAAUCAAAGAAUCCACUUCAGAAAAUUUACUAUUUGUUCCUGGGAACUUUGUGCUAUAACGUGACUGGAGUAUGUCAAAUUUCCUAAUGUUCCCAUUUGUGCUGGAUUAAUGUGCCAGUUUCAAUCUUCAAUGCAGGAUCAUUUCUGGGCUUUAAUCUGAUCAUAAGCUUAUACAAUGUGUUAGCAGUAGAUGCAGUUUAAAAAUCAUUAAAAAUGUUGAAUCUGAUAAGUUUACCAAUAGUUUAUUUAUCACAUCAGUUUUAAGUGCAAUAUAAGAUAACUGAAUUGCUGACAACAUAGAGAACAGUUGUCCAAAAGCAGACUGGAGAUGCUGGAAAUCCAGAAUAAAAGUACUACAGGUACUUGUCAGACAGCACUUGUGGUGAUAGAGCUAAUGUUUCACAAUGUGGGUUCUGUCCAUCCAAAGGCACAUUGAAUAUGAUCUUCACUCUAUGACAGCUCCAAGAAAAAAUCAGGGUGCAGCAUCAUUACUUCAUUGGUUGUAAAACAUUAUGAAAUCAUACGUUUUUUCCCUCUGGCUACCAAGUAGUAAGUCCUGACAGUCUGUUGUUAGGUGUUUUCUGCUGUACUUUUACUAUACCUAGGAAUCCAGAAGCCAAUUUCUGGAAAACCCUGCUUGGCUGAAAUGGAUUCUACCUAGUGCCAUCACAAAACUAUAAUAUGUUGUCCU